AUGACACUCACACAAGUGGAUGCCAACUCAUCAGAAGAAGCCACUGAUUCACAAUUUGAAUCUACUAGACGUGUGAAACGUCGCCUAUUAUCCAAUGAGCUCGAUGAUAGAGUUGGUUUUAAACGUUCUCGAUCAAGCACUCAACCACGUUGGCACAAUCAAUCCUAUAUGCUCUUUUUAGCUCUUCGUCAACAUCCAGAAAAAUCACUUCCUCGUCGAGAACUAAUUCAAGCUGCUUUAGCUCUCGAUAAAAAGAUCAGUGCUGAACUUUCUUUACCUAAAGUCUUUCGUGGACGCACGCCUGGUAAUUCUGCUUCCGCCAUCUUGACUUAUAAUAAUGAUCGAUAUUUUGUUCCAUUUAAGCCAGAAGGAAGUCGAUCCAUGCAUUUUAGAUUGGCUUAUGAGCCGGGUGAUGUGAAUCAUGCAGUUGCUGAAUAUCAGAAAUGGUGUAAAAAACUAGCUGAACAUGACUGGCCGUAUUGUUUUGGUGUGCCAAAACCAGACGCUAUCACAUCCAUAGAAAACAAUCCAAAAGAAGUCGACCAAAAGGAAAACCAAAAGAAAGAUCAACCCGUGGAGCAACAAACAAACAAAACAGAAGAAACAGAUCAUGCAGCUCUGGACGAUAAAGAAAAUGCAGUAAAAGAUCAAACACCCAGUUUUACAAAACAAGCCAUUGAAACCAAAGCCCUUCGUAACGUCGAUCUCAACAGCCGACCAAAAGAAGAAGUCCCUCAAUAUACAUUAGAUCAACUUGAUCUGUCUGAUAUCCCUACCAAUUGGCGUGACGUUGUCUAUAUUGCUCCUUCUUGUAUUCCAGGUGCAGGCAAUGGUCUGUUUGCUAAGCGUAAAAUCCCAUUCAAUGUACCUAUCGGGUUCUAUUUCGGUGUGCCCAUGACAGAAGACGAAUUUGAUUCUCUCAAGGACCGUGUGGGUCGUUCAUCUGAAUACUCCAUCAUGUAUCGUAAAACAGUCCUUGAUGCCACAGAUGAUCAAGGAGAACCAGUCACAGAUGAAUCCAGUCCUCGAUUCUGUCCAUUUCAUUUUAUGAAUGAAACAGAUUGGAAGCAUGCCACAGUGGCUUUUGUAGAAGGUGUUGUCGUGAAUCAAGUCAUUUGCUGGACAAGAAAAGAAAUUCAGGCGGAUGAGGAAUUGUUAGUAUGGUAUGGUGCAGACGUAGAUCGGCAUUGGGAUGGUAAAUCCAUCAUGGACACAGCUGUAGAACAACAAGUGCCUAUGUAA